AUGGCACAAGAUCCCAAGGUGCUUGGUGAUUCAUUAGACAUGGCUCAAAAAAGAUUUUUAAAUCUAGAGAGACGACUUCAAAAAUAUAAAAUACUCACUGAACAAUACGAUAAGUUCAUUGCUGAAUAUAUUGCCAUGGGUCAUAUGGAAUUAGCAUCACCGGCCAUUCAUAAGCCUACGUAUUACCUGCCACAUCAUCCAGUGUUUAAGACAGACAGCACCACUACAAAGAUGCGCGUUGUAUUUGAUGGCUCUGCGGCAUCCAAGUCAGGACUGUCACUGAAUGACAUUAUGCUCAGGGGCCCGAAAAUGCAACCAGAUAUAUUUAACAUAUUGUUGCGUUUUCGAUUACAUCGCAUUGCUCUAACUGCUGAUGUGGAAAAAAUGUACCGACAGGUGCUAGUGUCCGAUGAAGACUAUGAUUUGCAGCGCAUUGUAUAUCGUUCGCAACCUGAAGAACCACUAAGGCAUUAUAAACUCAAGACAGUCACAUAUGGAACAAAAUCAGCGUCUUUCCUGGCUACACGCUGUCUCCAUGAGCUUGGUGCGCUCAUUGAAAACACACCCAUAGGCAGAAUCAUAUGUCAGGAUUUCUAUGUAGAUGACCUGAUAAGUGGGGGUGACACUGAUGAAGAAUGUUUUGACAUCCAUAAACAAGUUCACUCAAUCCUCGGUACUGCUGGAUUUCCGUUGCGUAAAUGGUGUUCAAGUUCGUCAACCCUCCUUAACAGCCUUCCACAUAAUCAGAAGGAUCCAAACUUUAUGAUAAAUCUUACUGAAACUGAGGUGUUGAGCGCGUUGGGACUUCUUUGGCAACCAUCUAUAGAUAGCUUUCGGUUUGCAAUGAAAAACUGGAAUGCUCCUCAACACAUAAGUAAGCGCACACUCCUAUCAGAUAUAAAUAGUGUCUAUGAUCCGCUUGGACUAUUAUCAUCAGUGUUGAUCAAAGGCAAGAUUUUUAUCCAGCAAGUAUGGAGUCUUAAAGUAGGUUGGGAUGACAUUCUAUCAGAAGAGAUAAGAUCAAAAUGGUUAAAAUUUUAUUCAAGUUUGGUUGCACUCAAUGGAUUGAUUAUACCAAGACUAGCAUUACUACCUAAGUCAGACAGUUAUGAACUUCAUGGUUUCUGCGAUGCAUCCCAGCAUGCCUACGGUGCUUGCAUUUACAUUCGGUCCAGUAAGCAAGAUGGUGAUGCUGAAGUUAAAUUGUUUACGGCUAGAUCUCGGGUUGCGCCAAUUAAAACCACCACUAUUCCCCGUCUGGAGUUGUGUGGCGCGUUAUUACUGUCAGAGUUAGUAAAAGAGAUUAAAGAUGAAUUUUCAAAUAUAAACAUUAAAUUGUCUACAGAAAACAUACACCUGUGGACAGAUUCAACUAUUGUUCUUGCAUGGUUAAAUAGUCUAAAACCACUUCAAGUUUAUGUUGCCAACAGAGUUGCCCAAAUCAAUGAGCUCUCAUGUGAAAUUCAAUGGCAUCACACACCCACAGCUGAUAAUCCUGCAGACCUCAUAUCCAGAGGAGUUGAUGUUGGGACUAUGGUCUCAUCCGAGUUAUGGUGGCAUGGGCCAAAGUGGCUCAAAAAGGAAAGGUCCUGUUGGCCUGACACACCAAUUUUGCCAUCGGAGAUACCUGAGAUACGCAAAGUCAAAUUAAUCUUAGCAACAACGAAUAAAGAACCUUUCUGGCUGUUGAAGAUGUAUUCUACGUGGUCCAAAUUGUUAAGAACAACAGCUUUAGUUCAACGUUUUGUUUCUAAUUUCAAAGCCAAACAGUUAAACCAUGAGCGUAGCAAUGGUUUCAUUUCUGUGGAUGAAAUGAAUAAAGCCAGAAGUUUUUGGUUAAUGCAAGCUCAGUCUGAGUCAAUAAAUACCUGUCUUUUACUACAUUUUUCAUUACAGUCCUUCUACACUUAA